AUGAGACAAGCUGGUCGUCAUUUUCUGCAAAUUCCCGGCCCCAGUUCGGUUCCGGAUCGCAUAUUGAGCGCGAUCUCCGGUCAGGUGAUUGACCACAGGGGGCCUGCGUUCGGCAAAGUCGGUGCGCAGGCACUGGAAGGGAUCAAAACCAUCUUCAAGACCGAGCAGAACGUCGUGAUCUAUCCAUCGUCGGGCACCGGCGGUUGGGAGGCGGCGCUGGUCAAUGUGCUGUCGCCGGGCGACCGGGUUCUGAUGUUUGAAACCGGACAUUUUGCGACGUUGUGGAAAACGAUUGCCGAGAAACUGGGCUUGAAGCCUGAGUUCAUAGAAGGAGACUGGCGCGGCGGUGCCGAUCCGGACCAGAUCGAGGCAUAUCUGGCUGAAGACAGAAAUCAUGAGAUCAAGGCCGUCUGCGUUGUCCACAACGAGACAUCGACGGGGUCCGUCUCGCCGAUUGCUGCUGUCCGCAAGGCAAUCGACAACGCCGGACAUCCGGCACUGUUCAUGGUCGAUACGAUCUCGGGACUCGCGUCGCUCGACUAUCAGCACGAUGAAUGGGGCGUUGAUGUCACCGUUUCCGGAUCUCAAAAGGGACUGAUGUUGCCGCCGGGUCUUUCGUUCAACGCGGUAAGUGCCAAGGCCAUGGCGGCGAACGCCUCGGCCGCAUUAAAGCGGUCAUAUUGGGAUUGGGCGGAUAUGGUCGGUCCGAACAAAACAGGAUACUUCCCGUAUACGCCUGCCACGAACCUUCUUUACGGGCUGAACGUCGCCAUUGACAUGCUGCACGAAGAAGGACUGGAAAAUGUCUUUGCCCGACAUGCGCGUCACGGGGCAGCUGCACGUGCUGCCGUCCGCACCUGGGGACUGGAAGUUCUCUGCAACAAGCAGGGGCAGGAAAGCGGCGUGCUGACGGCUGUCAUGGUCCCGGAAGGCCACAGCGCAGAUGGGUUCAGGGCAACGACUUUGGAGCACUACGAUAUUUCUUUGGGCAACGGCCUGUCGAAGGUUGCCGAUAAAGUAUUCCGCAUCGGCCAUCUUGGUGACUUCAACGAUCUCAUGUUGGUCGCAACACUGGCGGGCGUCGAAAUGGGUCUGACAAAGGCCGGAAUUCCCCACAACGCAGGGGGAGUCGGAGCUGCGAUGGCGAUGCUGGAGAACACGCAAAUCGCGGCAGAGUGA